GACAUUGCACUGCACAUAGUUCAAUAGCACGCAGGAAAAAUAAAAUUCAAAAUAAACAAAGUCUAGAUAACCCUUGGAAACAGAGCAAAAUACUUUAUUUUCAACAAUGUAUCCCCUAACCUCACAUAUAAGUUCACAUUAUUUGCUAGUGUUGUAGUUGUGAGCUCAUGUUUUUAAUAAAUCUAACAUUUCGUUUUAAAAAAAUAAAAAAUGAAGUAUAAGCGUGGUUACUACGAUGUUUUCGUGCGUACUUGCGCGGUGCACCCGUCCAGAGUAGCAGUGCGACUGUAUCAGGACAAUAAGUACAAGUGCUACACGUACUCUGAGUUGUAUGGAGUGUGUGAGUACAUAUCGCAACAAUUGCAGCAACUACACUGCAACAAGGGUGUCAUAGGACUGGUCUCCAAGACAAACAUUAUAGUACCAUGUGUAAUAGCUGCUGCCCACAAAUGCUGCACGACGUUCAUGUUCGUGGAUCCGUCGCAAGACGUCGACUCCAUCAUAGAAGACAUGAGUUUUACUGUCAUCAUCUCAAUUAUGGAAGAGGAUGACUCCGACAACCUCAGUACCUUGUUCCGGAAACCAGAUAGGACAUUCUCAGUAUUUGGAAUGAGUAUUUGCUUCUAUGACUAUGGGCCUCCACCUCAACAAAGCUAUAAGUUUAGCCCAGAACACUCCUUUAUAGCAAUGACAUCUGGCAGCACAGGAGAUCCAAAGAAAAUUCAAGUGCCUGUACAGUGCAUACAACCUAACAUAGAGGAUUUAACUAACCUAUUUCACAUCACACCAGAUGAUAUAAUAUAUUUUUCCACUCCUUUAACUUUUGACCCUUCUAUGGUAGAAAUAUUACUGGCAUGUAUGAAUGGAGCAUCUCUCCUUAUAGCACCAACAAAGGUGGACAUCUUGUUUCCCAGCAACUCGCAACAUGCUGUGACUGUCUGGCAAACAACACCAUCAUUGUUCUUUCAACUUUCAACUAUUCAAAUCAGAAAUAAGGUUUUAAGUGCCAAAUCUCCACUGAAAAUAUUGGCUUUAGGAGGAGAACCACUGAAUGGAGUGAGAAGAUUAAAAGAGUUGAAAGAUGCUAAUAAUGGGACAAAAUUAUUUGCUCUAUAUGGUGUCACAGAAAUGUCAUGUUGGGCAUGUGUAGCCGAGCUAGACCUGGACAAGAUAUCACAAGACCGAGAGGUCCCACUUGGGAGGUGUCUUUCAGAAACUAAAGUUGUAGUAGAAAAAGAGCCUAGCAGUGAAAAAUCUUUAGGCAAAAUUGUUUUAUUGACCAAAACCAGGAAAUGUUUCAUACUGAAUAGAUCAGAUGCUGCCGGAUCCGAGAUUAACUCAUUAAAAUUUGUUGACACUGGAGAUCUAGCUGAAGUGGAAAAUGGUACCAUGUACUACAGAGGUCGUCAAGACGACGUCAUCAAGAGAUUUGGCCACAAAAUAAAUCUACAAUCCAUUGAAAAUACUGUCAUGCAGUGCCCCAGGAUCAAAACAUGUUCAUGUGUCUGGUUGCCCAAACCCAAAGUCCUGCAUGUGUACUACUCUUCAGAGACCUUUAGCAGCCAAGACUUGUCAGACUACCUCAAGUGUAAGCUUGAUGACAAGCACUGGCCAGACAGAAUAAUACGAGUAGACAAUAUGCCUGUCAACUCACAUGGCAAAAUUUCCAAGGUAUUAUUAGCCAAAAUGUAUGACCAAUUUCAAAGCACUCCAUUAACCACAACGUCAUUGAAAGUUAAAUUGUUAAAUGAACUUAAAAGAGUUCUUAAUUUUAAAGGCACAUAUGAUGAUGCUAAAGGUAAGGACUUCUUCAGCCUCGGUGGCACAUCCUUCCUCGCAGUGACCAUGUGCAACAGCAUAUCUCUGACAAACCCUGAUUUUGGUAAAUUUCUCCUACCACAUUUAAUGAAUCAUAGGAAGUCUAUUGAUGAAAUCAUGGACUUGGCUACAAGAGAAGUGUUCAUUGAAGCUGAAAACCCAAAAAAAAGAAAGAAAUCUAAAAAUUCCGUGUCUGAAUCUGAGAGUGUCACAGUCACAGAUAUUAUACCAUCUAAAAAAAAAUUAAACAGCCCCAUUAGUGCUCCUUUGGAAUUUAUUGAAAUGUGGACAUACAAUACUGGAAAAUGUGUUGAUGCUUCACCUGCUUUGUUACAAACUGGCCUAAACCUAUACGUGGCGGUGGGCAGUCAUUCAGGCCGAGUGGUGGUGAUCGACGCGAUGACCGGCAUAGUGGUGGGCACGAUUGAACUCAAGUCGCGCAUCGAAGCCGCCGUGUGCUGUUACAGCGAUGACCCAGGGUUCCCCCCCUGCGGCGUUGUCGGCUCCUACAACGGAACUGUCGUCUGCUUCAUCAUAGAAACCUGCCAAGUGCUCUGGCAGAAAAACAUAGGCUCCAUGAUCAAAAGCAAAGCGGCCUGCUGCAAUGGGUUCAUCUACAUCGCCUCCUACGACGGCUACAUACGAAGCCUCGACCUUGUGACAGGGAAGACGAAAGAAAUAAUCUUAGUGGCAGACCAGGCUAUAUCAGCGGACCUUGUCCUAGCAAAGAACGAGUAUAUUCUAACUGGCACGUUAUCAGGAGUCUGCGCCAGUAUCCACACGGCCACCAACUCAGUGGCCUGGCGUGGCACGCUCGAGAGCCCAGUGUUCGCCAGCCCAGUGCUCUAUGAUGAAGACAAGUACGUCAUCUUCUCGGAAGUCAGCGGCGAAAUUCAUUGCAGGACAGUAGAGAAAGGCAUCAAGAUAUGGAAGUAUUCAGGGGCAAAAGGAAACCUUUUCUCGUCCAUCUGCAUUCGAGAAAUAGAUAAACUUAAAUAUCAGAUGGUAUUUGGUUGCCACGACAAUCACGUGUACAGUAUAAUCGUGAAGAAUUUCCAGCCCAGCCUACAAUGGAAGGUGCCGCUGUCAUCGCCAGUGUACUCGACUCCUUGCAAGAUGACUGAUAAAUUAUUUCUCGCAGUUUCAAAUAACGGCAAAUUAUGUGUAAUAACCGCCGACUACGGCAUGGUAAUAGCAGAGCACAACCUUCCAAGUGAAACAUUCUCCUCUCCGGCAAUAUACGGAGACUACAUAUUUAUUGGCUGCAGAAAUGAUCUUGUAUAUUCACUAAGAUAUGUAUUGAACCUGUGAUAAAACUAGGAGCAAAAAAAAUUCGGAACUAAUUCCAACAAAUUGCAUAAAAAUUUUUGCAGCAUUUCUGCAAAUAAGUGUAAUUAUACUUAUUUAAAUAAGAUAAAUUAUUUUGUUAAGUUUGUGAUCAGGUAGUAAAACUAAAAAUGCGUUUUUAUUUAUAUAACUUUAUUCAUGAUCUUACACAGAACAUACAGGUAUAAUGAGCAUUCUAAUUUCGACAUAUUACAAGUAUGAUAUGGUUACAGGACCAAAUAAUGUACCAAAGUGGAAGUGGAAUGCAUAUUGUUCGAUUCUAAUACCAUCACUUCAGUUGUGCAGAUCACUUAUGCAUUGUAUACUUAAAUAAUAAAAGCAAUCUUAAAUGAGGAAUAAAAUCUUUUAAAUAAC